CCAACACUUAGGCCCAUCCGUCUGGACGUCCGUUUUCGCCCUUGUCCUUGACAACCAGCCGCUCGAUUCAACCAUGUCUCACUCCGGAGCCCAGGGCAGCAUUGGGAGUCACUCGGCCAUAGGGCUGCGUGCCCACAAAAUGUACCUGUAUGAGUUUGAGAACUUCCAGGGACGUAAGAUGGAGUGCACGGCUGAAUGCCGUAACCUGUGCGAGAAGGGCUUUGAGAGGAUCGGCUCCAUCAGGGUGGAAUGUGGACCCUGGGUCGGCUAUGAGCAGCAAGAUAUGACUGGAGAGAUGUUCAUGCUGGAGAAGGGCGAGUAUCCCCGUUGGGAUACCUGGAGCAACAGCUACAGAUGUGACCGCUUCAUGUCUGUUAGGCCUGUCCGCAUGGACCCCCAGGACCACAAGAUCUGCCUGUAUGAGUGUAACAACUUUGAGGGCCGUAAGAUGGAGGUGUGCGAUGAGGACAUCCCCAGCCUGUGGUCCUAUGGCUUCCAGGACCGUGUGGCCAGCAUCCAGGUCAACGGUGGAACCUGGGUUGGCUACCAGUACCCAGGUUACCGUGGCUACCAGUACGUGUUUGAGAGCGGCGCCUACAAGCACUGGAACGAGUGGGGUGCCCACCAUCCCCAGAUCCAGUCCAUCAGGAGAGUGAGGGAUAUGCAGACUCAUCGUAGGGGUUGCUUUGAGUGGACCGCCUAGAUGGGGCUGCCAAGGUGACAGGUCGCGGGCCAGCAUAACAGAUGGGCAGGAGCCGGGCUAGCCAUGGACUAACCGUACCUGAGUCCGGAGCUCAAUCAUGGAUCUCUACACAGCCACAAUAAGCUAACGGCUAACAACGUUACAACUCAUCUGGCUCCACCACAAUCACUUUUAACUAGUAUCAUUCAGGAGGUGUGUGCUAAGACGCAAAAUCCCAGAAUGAAAACAGUGUCAUCUACAGGGCAAAGGUUGCUUCUGCAUUUCACCAGCAGCUGACUUCCACGACACCUGAAUAUAAUCAUACUGGUGGAAGUGAUUCCUGUACUCUCUGGUCCAAGCCCUGAUAAAAUUACUGCACGAGACAACUUAUGAUAUUUAUGAUGGGAAUUUCAAUGGGGGAAAGUGAAUUGGUUAAAAAAGAUUUGAAUAAGUUAUAACUUAAUUAGUUUGUGUUCAGUAGUUUGUUUCCAUAUCUGCAAAGCCCAUUGAUUUUAUACAUCUUACUUGCUUAUGUGUUUCUUAGCUAUAUACCAACUGAUGCCGAAUAAGCCUAUUCAUUACAACGAUCUACCCUCCUGCAAACUGUGUAAAGUAGAUACUACCCAUACUACACUCACUCCAGUCUCUAAGCUACCAUGGACAGCCACUAGAUUUACGUGUCCUGUCCAUGCCCUGCAGUGAGCUCAAUCACCCACAGGGAGGCGCUGUUUCCCAAUUUAUUCUCCCACUUGGCCACUGAAUCCAGGGAUUAGACCAUUAUUUCUCCAAUUAAAUUCUACCUUAAAGGCUUCAAAGCUAUGCCCAUGCCCCAUUCAGUGAGGCUAUCAGAAGUUCUGCAGGGGGUUUGAUUGGGAGACAGGCCUACCUGGUAGUGUUUUUCUAGACAUGUUGACCUUUUGGGUGACCCUUCCCUCCUCUUAGUGAUGGGGUUGGCCAGGAGACUUCUUAUUUACAAUACUGUAUAUUUCUCAGGGAUGCUGGCAUCUGGAAAGCAACUUUCCAAUGGAAAAAAUAUGAAAUAAAAUAAAGAAUUCUAA